AUGGUGCAGAAGACACACUUUACUGUGCGUCGACACAAAGUUCUUGAGGCUGUGUUAUGGUUAAAGACAAACAAUCCGUUCUUUAAAGAUAUCGAAAUUGAUAGAGAUGUCAUCCAAAGUUUACCAGAAAAUGGUAUUCCCGAUGAGCUAAGGUAUGUCAUUGAUGAAAAUGAGCUUUCGGUUCAUGUUGAAUAUGAGGGGCCUCCCCAAAACCCAGUAAUGUGUGCUAAUGCAAGAGUGGAAGAGUUAGUUUUAGGAAAUGGCAGUACAUCGUUUAUUCCUAUGCGUCAAAGACAGAGAACAGAAGGUACAGCUAUCCAAGACGCAGUAAAAGAGUAAAUGAGGUUGAUCGUUUAGACUGGCCAUCUACUGAAGGUAAUCUCGUUAAUGAAUUUAAAACAGAUGGUUUAGCUACUAUGGCCUUUCCUACAUUGUUUCCUUAAGGGAAGUGUGACCCAACAAAUAGGGCAAGACAACAUGGUAUAACGUUAACCGAAGCUUUCAAACAUUUAAUGAAGUUUGCAGAGAGGCUUGCAGAUGGUAAGUUUGAAUGGAGGUUUGCAUCUCACCCACGGUUUCCUUAUUGGGCGUUAAACAUGAAAUAACGGCAUCAGCUGUUGUCACAAGCGAAUGUUGACUUGCGUCAACAUCCUGCUGAUGCAGACAUGACAAUGGAAGAACUGAAACAGAUGGUCAAUUCCAUGAGUACGAACCAAAUGGUGAAUAGGUUGCAACGCUAUGUGUCCAAAGUACAAGGUACGAAACAGUAUUCGUAUUAGCGGCUGCAGGAAUUGCUGGCCCUGAUUGAACAAAAAGGCUGCCCUACUUUUUUCUUUACCUUUAGUGCAGCUGACAUGCAUUGGCCAGACUUACAGAGACUGUUGCAGAAUGAUGAAGGUGCAACCAGAUCUGAGCGAGCACAAGCUGUACUCGACAAUCCCCACCUAACUGAUUGUUUUUUUAUGCAGCGGCUGCAGGAGUUUGUCAGACAUUGGCUUAAUUGCAUCUUGGAUGCCGAGUGGCACUGGUAUCGAUUUGAGUACCAAGCUAGGGGAAGUAUUCAUUGCCACGGAUGUGCAAAGUUAAAAAAUGACCCUGAUAUUCGAAAAUUACGUAAUAAAGCAUGUGUUGCAUUCCUAGAGAGUGAGACAACAAGGUAUGAAAUGUUACCUGAUGAUUUUGAAUUCCUUUGUGGGGAUUUGAUUCACAAAAGCAGAAGUAAUGCUCACUUGCAACCUGUGGGCUGA